CGGCGCCGGCGCCAUUUUGCCGGAGCCUGCGACCGAGUGGGAGUGGAGUGGACUGGCUGUUGUUGCCGACUCUCUUCUCCCCGCGGUCCAGUCAGCGGGUUGGUUAGGCCAUCGGCCCUCGAGCCGAGACUUGUCUCUUGUUUAGUUCUGGGAGCGUCUGGCCGUCAUGAGUGAUGUAGAGGAGAACAACUUCGAGGGCAGAGAGUCUCGCUCUCAGUCAAAAUCUCCAACGGGAACUCCUGCUCGUGUAAAAUCGGAGAGCAGGUCAGGAUCUCGUAGUCCAUCAAGGGUUUCCAAACACUCUGAAUCCCAUUCUCGAUCAAGGUCAAAAUCCAGGUCGAGGUCAAGGAGGCAUUCUCAUAGACGCUACACUCGGUCCAGAUCUCACUCACACAGGAGACGAUCUCGAAGUAGGUCAUAUACACCAGAAUACCGGCGGCGAAGGAGCCGAAGUCAUUCUCCAAUGUCUAACCGCAGAAGACAUACAGGCAGCAGGGCAAAUCCGGAUCCCAAUACUUGUCUUGGAGUAUUUGGCCUCAGUUUGUACACAACAGAGAGAGAUCUUCGUGAAGUAUUUUCUCGCUAUGGACCGUUGAGUGGUGUUAAUGUGGUUUAUGAUCAACGUACUGGACGAUCACGAGGAUUUGCUUUUGUGUAUUUCGAGAGAAUAGAUGACUCAAAGGAGGCUAUGGAAAGGGCAAAUGGAAUGGAACUGGAUGGUAGAAGAAUUCGUGUGGAUUAUUCUAUCACUAAGAGGGCACAUACACCUACACCAGGCAUCUACAUGGGCAGACCAACUCAUAGUGGCGGAGGUGGUGGUGGCGGCGGUGGUGGCGGUGGUGGAGGUGGUGGCAGACGUCAAGAUUCUUACACCUACGAUAGAGGAUAUGAUCGAGGAUAUGAUAGAUAUGAAGACUAUGAUUACCGGUACAGAAGAAGAUCACCUUCUCCUUAUUAUAGUCGUUACAGAUCUCGAUCAAGAUCUCGUUCCUACAGCCCAAGACGCUAUUGAUAAUGGAAUGGUUGCAGUUAAAGACUUUAUUUCUUUUAUUGUUUGUUUGAUUCUUGAUUUUUCCAACCUUCUAAUUUCUCCUGCUCCUUAAAAAGAAAUCUUAAAAAAAAAAAAAAAACCUGGUUAUUUAGGUUGUACACUCUGUCAGUUGUAUUUCUCACCCCUUUUAUUAUACUCUUAAAAAUGUAAUUGUCAUUUUGAGUUUUUACAUCUUUAGUAAAAAAAAAAAAAAAAGGAACCCCAGUGUUACAUGUUACAGAUGACUUUUUUUUCUUUUAUAGAUUAACUCUUAGUUAAUCAAUGGGAAAGAAGUUACCUUUUUGAAGCUUUUGUGUAGAUAAUGUAUUAGACAUUGUGUUAGAGAUCUUGUUUAAUUUGUUUUGGGAAAGAUGGUAAAAUAUGAAGUAGUCACGUCAGGUUUGGGGUGGCAUGGAGAGGUCAAAUAGUUGAGUAUUGAAAGUUUGACACUAGAUGAAGACAGUGGACAUUUUGAAGAACAGAAUUUUCAAACUUUAAGAAUGAAGUAAUUUUUUAGAGAUGAAAAGAUUGUGGGGUCCUGCAAAAUACAUUAUAUUUGAAAUAUAUCUGUUAAACCUUAAAGUGUGAUUUUUGUGUUCAACUUAUUGAAGUUUUAAGUGUUCCCUUAAUCAGUGAAGAACAACCUUUAUUUAUUACCUAGAGCAAUUAAUUGUAUAAUUUGAUAUUAGAAAUUUUGGUAUUGGGGCAGUGGUUAAGCAGGCUACUGUAUAAUACAGACUCCUUAGAAGAUGUGGGUAUAAAAGUAGUCUUCUUUCAAAUAAAAGUUAAUUUCUUUGAAAUGGAA